AUGUCCAACAUCGACGGCGCCAGAUUAGAUCCCAACCCUCCGCAACCGCAAAUGCUGGUGUCCCGCUAUCUCGAUUCUACCAACCACCGGACCUUCAUGGAUGAAGCAGCCGUCGCGAGUUGCGGUGGAGACUUGCAGCCGCUGACACAAAGUCCAGCUGCGUCCCUUCUCCCACCCAAAACAAUGGCUCUGUUUGGAAGGCACUGGCGGAGCAAUUUCCAGUAG